AUAGGAACUAUAUGAAAUUAUUAGAAUCUUGGCCCUUGGAUAAUUCAAAACCUGGCAGAGAUUUAGGUCAACAUAUUCGUGAUCAAUUAAAACUUGCAUUUGCAAAAGGUGAAGCUAGCGAAGUAAAUCGUGAUCAAUGUGACCGUUAUUAUAUAUGUCUAAAGAGAAUUUGUUCUAAUCAUUAUGGACAAAUAUAUACUCGUACUCUUACAAGUACUGCUACUGGAUUAACUAAAGAUCAAUGUAAUUUAAUGCUUUCACCAGAAGCAUUACAAACUUUGGCAGAAGAUAAACAAGGAUAUUUAUUACGGACAAUUACAAGACUAUUCAAAAAUGUUGUUGACAAAGAAGCUGAUAAGUAACAUAAUUCAUGUACAUAAACAUUGUGGCAUAAAAUACCUUAAUAAAUCUGUAUACUAUUUAUUUUAUACACAAAAUGAUAAAAUAUAUUCAAGGAAUACUAGAAAAUACAGUGAAAUAGCAAAUGCAAUUGAUACUGAUAAAAAUAUACCACUUAAUGAGGAUCAUAAGCCAGUUAUGGUCAAUAAAGUAUUACAUUAUUUGGAGCCAUCACCAGGAAAAAUUUUUGUAGAUAUGACAUUUGGAGCUGGUGGACACUCAACAAAACUUUUGAAAUCUUCAUCUAAUAUAAAAAUAUUUGCUUUGGAUAGAGAUCCCGUUGCUUAUCAACAUGCACUAAAAUUAUCAGAAAAAUAUCCCGGACAAGUAAUACCUCUAUUAGGAAGAUUUUCUGAAUUGCCAAAAUUGCUUUGUAAAUAUAAAGUGAAUGUAAAUAGUAUAGAUGGGUUUUUAUUUGAUUUUGGUUGUUCAUCUAUGCAACUUGAUAUUGCUGAAAGAGGAUUUUCUUUCUCAAAAAAUGGACCUUUGGACAUGAGAAUGGAUGGAUUUAGGUGUCCAUCAGAACCUACAGCUGCUGAAAUUUUAGAACAAAUAACAGAAAUAGACUUAGUCCAUAUUUUAAGAAUUUAUGGCAAUGAGAAGUAUGCUAAAAAAAUUGCAUGUGCCAUUAUAGAAGCUCGAAAUACUUUUAGAAGCUUGAAAACUACAGAUGAAUUGGCUCAACUUGUUGAAUCUGUAAUCCAUGAAAAAAGAUUUGAUCAGCUUGGUAGACGAGCUCAUUGUGCAACAAAAACAUUUCAAGCAUUAAGAAUUUUUGUAAAUAAUGAAUUAAACGAAAUCAAUCAUGGUAUUAUCAUUGCUGGAUUAUAUUUAAAAACUAAUGGACGUUUAGUAACAAUAUCUUUUCAUUCCUUGGAAGAUACAAUUGUAAAAAGACAUAUGACUGGAAAUAUAACCGAAAAUGUAGCUAAUAUUCAGCCAUUAAAGUAUUCAGAUUAUAGUAAAUGUUACACUAUGACUGAGAUGAAAAAUAUUAAUCAAACACCUUGGAAAAUGUUACAUAAACAUGUAGUAACACCUACACCAAAGGAAAUAAAGGAAAAUCCAAGAUCACAUUCUGCAAAAUUACGAGUAAUUAGUAAAGUAGUUUAAAGUGUCUCUCUCAAAGUUGAUGUUGUAAAUAAAAACUAUAAAUAUUUAUCUUAUUAUUUCUUUGAUUAAUACAAAAUAAUAUUUAUUAUAUUUGCUAACAUAUGCUAUAUAAUGUA